AUGUUUUAUUUCCCCCUGCCAUCUAUCACUAGAGAUGAGACUGAUCGCAGCUAUAGACGCUCUGCCUUGACUGACUAUCUCGCUUCAAAUAACAUUUCAGCACAACAAAUCCGAGACGAUUGGGAUCGUCGGCAAGCCGAGGAACUACGCCAGUCUGCCGAACAAGAACCACCCAGUGCGGCUGCCGAACAAUCUAGGUCUCCGUCGAACUCACCCGACAUUAAAAAACGGAAGCGCCAACAAGCCAUUGCAAGGAUCAAGAAUAGCAAGGAAUUUGCUAAGCGCAAGGCUCGCCGUAGUGGAGACCAAGGCGAUGAUUACGACGAUGAAGCUCUUGCAAAUCAAAUUCACGAAGAACAGAAUCAACCGAAACCGGGUCAGUUGGCAAAUUGUGAGAUCUGUGAGAAGCGUUUCACUGUGACUCCUUACAGCAAAACCGGCCCUAACGGAGGUCUGCUUUGCAAUGACUGCUCUAAGAAGCAAAAAGCCGACGCGAAAAAACCCCCAAACAAAAAGCGAGCUCCUGGGAUUGGACGACGUCAGAACCAGACUAACUUAUUGGAUGGGCUAACCCCUCAUGGGACUCAAAGUCUGCUGGAAACCUGCAUCAAGAAAGUGGCUGAUUACAUUCAUGAUAUCGAGGAUUUCGGUGACUUGCCUCCUUCACUAUUGCUGCGUCUUGGCCAAAUCCUCUCCAGAAGACGGGCUGUGACUUCACGGACCUUGGAUCUGUUCUUGCGACCUCAAUACACAUCGAUCGACCUGUUUGACUGUGCCAGACUGGACACGGAUGAUUACCAUAGGAUAUUGGCUUCCAUGCCUCAUCUUACACGGGUAAACCUUCGAUUUACCACACCAAUGAAGGAUCGAAUUUUCCAUUAUAUGAUCGAGCGUGAUAUGGAGAUCAAGGAUCUUCAUCUGGAUGGGCCAAAUCUUGUGACCGAUGCUUGCUGGCGCCAACUUUUCAUGAAACUUGGUCAUCGGUUCCUGAGCUUGAAAUUGUGGAAUCUGGAUUCUGCGUUUGAUAAUGAAACCGCUCAAGUGAUGUGCCUUCAUUGUCCCAACCUUCACCGAUUGAAAUUGAAGUUUCUCCACAAACUUGGCAAUGAGAUGCUUGAGGGAAUUUCAAAGCUCAAGUCACUUCAGCAUUUGUCGCUUCGUUUCCUGAAGGAAACUGAGAUUGAAACCGAACAUCUCCUUCAAAUCAUUGCUUGUGUCGGUUCUCAGCUGCGAUCACUGUCUCUGGAGGAAUUCGAAUUCGUAGAUGACCGACUCCUACAGCAUGUUCAUGAACAUUGUCAUCAUCUGACGAAGCUCCGUCUUACUCUCAACUCAACGUUCACGGAUAAAGGCUUAGCUGCUCUAUUUACAGGCUGGUCUAAUCAGGCUCUUACCUACGUGGAUUUGAACUCGCUCCGGGACGUGGACAUGACAAAUCCCGCUGGUCCAGCAGAACCGAUUGGGCUUGCAUCUGAUGGAUUCAUUGCGCUCAUGGAACACUCGGGCUCAAAAAUUCAACAUUUGAACAUGGCGUCGUGCCGCCACAUUUCAUACAAAGCGUUCGAGCAGGUUUUCGCGGAGAACAAACUGUAUCCCAACCUCAAAUAUCUUGAUAUCUCUUUUAGCACUGUAGCUGACGACUAUCUUACGCAAUGCAUCUUCCGAUGCUGUCCAGCUCUUCAGAGACUGAUCGUCUUCGCAUGCUUCAAAAUCAGGGACAUCCACAUCCCCAGGGGACUUGCUCUGAUCGGAACCGUGGGAGCGACUAUCAGGAUUGAUGGGAUUACUCAGAUUGAACCAUGUUACCGGGGUAUCAACUAG